UAUGAGUUUGAAAAUUCCAUUCCUGGCAUUCAGAUUCAUAAUCUUUGGGAUUACAUCAGAGACAACAAGCAAAACGAAUGCCAACACUUUAAUGACGAGUUUGCAAAACUUCCAACCGGACUUGUCCAUAAACACGAUGUGGCUGGCAGGGAAGAAAACAAAGGAAAAAACAGAUACAGGGAGAUGCACGCAUAUGACCACUCCCGCGUGACGUUGCAGAAAGAAAAGAGUGACGACUGUGACUACAUUAAUGCGAGCUACAUAGACGGUUACGAUAAAGCUCGAAAGUUUAUCGCUUCUCAAGGUCCAACCAAAAAUAUGAUCGAUGACUUUUGGCGAAUGGUCUGGCAAGAGAACGCUGAAAAGAUAGUAAUGCUUACUAACCUGAUUGAAAUGGCGACGGUAAAGUGCCUGAAAUACUGGCCAGAAAUGGACCAAACCUGCUCCUUCGGUGGAGUCGACAUAUCCCUUGCAGCUGUAAAAACGUUUCGAGAUUAUGAAAUGAGAACAUUAAUUGUCAAAAAGGGACAAAGUAAAUCUAGGCGGAUUCAACAGUAUCAUUUCAAAGCCUGGCCUGAUAAAGAUGUCCCUGACAAUGGAUGGUGUCUUGUUGAGUUUUUGAAUGCUGUUGAAACAAAGUCUACAAAUUCCCCAAUCAUCGUACACUGCAGUGCCGGUGUUGGUCGGACAGGCACGUUUGUUGCUCUUGACAACCUCGUUGAUCAAACAAAGACUGAAAAUUGUGUAAGACCUUUGCAGAUGGUAGAAGCUCUAAGGCGGCAACGAGUCAACAUGGUUCAGACAAUGGAUCAGUAUAUAUACUUGCACGAAGCGCUUGCCGAAGCCCUGCUGAUGGGUACCGACCACAUCUGGUAUAGACAGUUUGAAAGUGUCCAUUCCUCCAUGAUGACAAGAGAACCGGAUCAAAAACAAACGAGACUGGUUCAACAGUUUCUGUUGAUAGAAAAAAGUCUUACAAAUGAGUCGCAGCUGGUGCAGAAUGGACCGGAAUAUGGAAACAUGGAAACAAUUCUUUCAGAAAUCGAUGCAUACCGCCCGAAAUUGAAGAAACGAGGUUCAGAGUUUACACAACAGCUCGGCGCAAUUCUGUUGCCGGUAAAAAUCCAGCGUACUAUUUCACCAGAAAGCUUUUCUGGAAAGAACUCGUUCUUGCUGUGUAUAUCUCCAUGUGAAGAGGAGCUGGAAGAGUUUUGGUCUCUUGUUGAGGAGCAGCACGUGAUCACUGUCAUUAUGCUUACCGCUUCAUCCUGCCGAGCACACCAGACCAGUGUGAACAUGGGCGGAAAUGGAAAUGGGAAAGUUGGAAGAUAUUCGGUUAACUUCAUACAAGAACGGAAGAAUAAAACGUUUAACGAAAGGAGCUUUUCAUUUCGGGACGAGGACAAUGAGGACGAAGAUUAUCUGACAACAAUAAAACAAUUUCAAAUCACCGGUUGGGCUGACGAAGAAACACUUCCGCCAAUGCAAAACAUGUUAGACUGCCUCGAUGCUGUCAGAAAGUGGCAGCCGCACCUAGCCGAAAACAGACCUGUUUUGAUUCACUGCGAGACGGGACAUAAGCGAAGUGGAAUGAUCGCAGCACUUUUGAAUGAGCUCCAUCGCAUGGAAAAGACACGAGGUCAGAUAAACAUUGUGGAGACUGUGAAGACAAUGAAGCAGAGAAAUAAGGACAUUAUACCCAGUACUGUCCAAUACAAGUUCAUUUACGAUUCACUUCUGGAACAUGCCAAGAACACAACGGACUAUGAGAACAUUUGAAGAAAGUCUGCAAAAGUUCUUAAAUGUGACUAUGGCCUUAUACUGUAGAGUGCUAGACGAAAAGAAAAUAACAAUUUAAGAGUUAAUGUUCAUAACAACACAAAUCAUUCUUACGCCACAAUUGCGCUGCUUGCUUGAACGUUUUAAACCAAGUGUGUGUUUGUGCGUGCCUGCGUGCGUACCUGUGUGCGUGUGUGUGUGUGCCUGCCUGCGUGCGUGCGUACGUGCGUGCGUGCGUGCGUGCGUGCUUGCGUGCGUGUGUGUUUAAUUAUCAAAAUUCAGUUUUUUUUACUAUUGUAUGGUUAGUCGUAAUUUUGGAAAUCUUAUAAAACAUUUCAAAACACUGACAUAUACAGAAAUGUUUCAAGUGUGUUAUCAUCACGUAGUGUAUUUUCUUUUCGAGAUUUGAAUGGUUAGCUUACAAGAAGCUAGAGACCUGUUGGAUGGUUAGUAAGUAGAAACAAAACAUUAACGUGUCGUGUUUAUCGAAAAUAACGACUGGGAUUCAUGUGUAUGUGUUGCAUGUAUAAUCAGAUUUUAGGUAUACGUGUUGUUUGU